GACAUUCAAAUUUUGACAGCUUUCUAUUGGCGAGCAAGUGGAAAAGUGCUUAAUUGUUUACUCUGUUUUGAGUUGAUACAAUUUGGAUAAAAUUUGUAUAAUUUGGCGAUAAAUGCGGUCAAUAGCGGUGAAUCUUGCAUCCUAGUUUCCUAAAGCAAGGAUAUCAGAAGAUUCAACAUCUCAACGCAAUUUGCACAUGUAAGCUAAGGGGUUUGUAUAAUUUCUCAAUAAGUUUCAUGCAGAUUUCAUGAAAACAUUAUUCACAACUUUAUCUACGUUUCGUGGCGUCCAUUCAAUUUCUACUGCUUAAAAGCGUAGUAAAAAACUAUUACAAAAGUAGAUGCGGGUGAAUUUGUAUUUAAAUUCCUGUGUAUGAGUAACUAUUUGUGUUUAAAGGAAAAAAUAAACUUUCUACGAGAUGAAAAACGAGAAAUGCACUGCAGUAAAAGUUCAGUUAUUUUGUACGAGUUUAGACACAAUAACAACAAUAAGAACAACCACUUAAGCUUGCAGGACUGCAGCAACAACAAAAUAAAAUUAAUAGAGAAGUAAACAGAAACAACGAUCCUUCCAAUAUUCAGUAGCAGAAAACUGCAAUAAUAUAAAAACAAGUACAACAUAUAAAACUACAAUAAUCGCACAACGACAAGUCACCUACAACGACUUUCUGCAAAAAAGACUUCAAACACAACAAGAACAAGCAGACGAGAAAACUACUAGCAACAGUAGAACAACACGAAUGCAAAGGAAAAAGGGCAGUCGUAGCUAAUAGCGGAGCAAGGGGAGAAGUGGAGAAGUGGAAAACGAAAACAGCUAACUUCGGCGUACAAAUAGUUAACUAGGACACACCUGUUGCCCACAGCGAUUGUUCUCGUUGUUAAAAUUGCCGCAUUGGGCUCAACGAACACACUCAUCCGAUACUUGACAAUAAUCUUAAAGAAACAUUUACAACAUCAACGUCAGCUUUAAGCCUAAGAACGAACUCAAAUUGAGGUUUGGGCGUACAUUUCCUUACUGCCAUUGCAACAUCGAGUGCUCUCGUCAACUGUCAAUUGUCAACCGUGAUUCAACAAAAUGGGUCGAAAAAUCACCGUCGCCAUUUCAACGCUUAAUCAGUGGGCACUCGACUUUGAAGGUAAUUUGGCGCGCAUAUUACAAUCCAUAUUGGAAGCAAAAGAUAUGGGCGCCUGUUAUCGUACCGGCCCAGAACUGGAAGUAACUGGCUACAGCUGCGAAGAUCACUUUUUCGAGCCCGACACAUAUCUUCACUCGUGGGAGGUACUCUUGGAGAUAAUGCUCUCGCCGCUUUGUGAAAAUAUGCUUAUCGAUGUUGGUAUGCCGGUUAUGCACCGCAAUGUUUCCUAUAAUUGCCGCGUUGCCUUUUUCAAUCGCCAAAUAUUGCUUAUUCGCCCCAAAAUGGCAAUGGCCGAUGACGACAACUACAGAGAAUCGCGCUGGUUUACUUCCUGGACGAAGGCCCUCCAAACGGAAGAGUAUUUUCUGCCACGAAUGAUUUCUCAACAUACCGGCCAGACGACUGUGCCAUUUGGCGAUGCGGUUAUCGCUACAAAGGACACCUGCAUCGGCUAUGAGAUUUGCGAAGAAUUGUGGAAUGUGCGCAGCAAGCAUAUCGACAUGUCACUUUCCGGCGUAGAGAUAAUAGUGAAUGGUUCUGGGUCUUACAUGGAACUUCGCAAAGCCCACAUAACCACCGAUCUUAUACGAAAUGCCAGUUUUAAGGCAGGUGGCGCCUAUCUGUUCAGCAACUUGCGAGGCUGCGAUGGGCAACGAGUCUAUUUCAAUGGUUGCUCCGCCAUAGCAAUGAAUGGCGAAAUUAUCGCCCGAAGCAAACAAUUUGCUCUGCAGGAUGUGGAAGUAACUUUGGCCACAAUUGAUCUCGAGGAGAUACGUUCCUACCGCGUUGGGCUGCGUUCUCGUUGCAAUUACGCUGCCUCCGCGCCCAACUAUCCGCGCAUCACUUGUGACUUUGAGAUGUCGUCGCAUAAUGACAUCUUUAAAACCUCCUCGACACCAAUGCAGUGGAUUUAUCAUACACCCGAGGAGGAAAUCGCCAUGGGCCCCGCCUGCUGGUUAUGGGACUACCUGCGUCGCUCCGGUCAAGGUGGAUUCUUUUUGCCACUCAGUGGGGGUGUCGACUCAAGCAGUUCCGCCACAAUUGUUUACUCCAUGUGUCGCAUGAUCGUGAACGCCGUGCAAGGUGGUGAUGCUCAGGUGCUCCACGAUAUACGCAAAAUACUGGCCGACUCCGAAUAUACGCCUGACGAUCCGGCAACCCUCUGCAAUCGCCUUUUGGUCACAUGCUUUAUGGGCAGUGUCAAUUCCAGCAAAGAGACACGCCGUCGAGCUGCGCAGUUAGCUAACCAAAUAGGCAGCUACCACAUCGAAAUCAGCAUCGACACUGCCGUCAAUGCGUUGUUGAGCAUCUUCAACGCGGUCACAGGUCUAACGCCACGUUUUCGCACACAGGGAGGAUGUGCGCGUCAAAAUCUGGCGCUACAAAAUAUACAAUCACGCAUACGUAUGGUCCUGGCGUAUAUGUUUGCGCAACUAAUGUUAUGGGUACGCAAUCGUCCGGGCGGACUGUUGGUACUAGGCUCAGCGAAUGUCGAUGAGGCCUUGCGUGGCUAUAUGACGAAAUACGACUGCUCAUCGGCGGACGUAAAUCCCAUCGGUGGAAUUUCUAAAACCGACUUGCGGCGUUUUCUUAACUACGCGAAAGAGAAAUUUAAUUUAACUGUAUUAGAGUCAAUUAUUGAAGCGCCUCCCACUGCUGAACUGGAACCACUUCAAGAUGGUCAACUAGUGCAGACAGACGAACAAGAUAUGGGGAUGACUUAUGCUGAGCUGAGUGAAUACGGACGUUUGCGCAGACAAGCACGCUGUGGACCUUACAGCAUGUUUUGCAAGUUGGUGGCUACAUGGCACGCUGAUCUGAGUCCCAAAGAGGUUGCUGACAAGGUGAAGCACUUCUUCCGUUGCUACGCCAUAAAUCGGCACAAAAUGACUGUACUAACACCUUCGGUGCACGCUGAAAGCUACAGUCCGGACGACAACCGCUUCGAUCAUCGUCCUUUCCUGUACCGCGCCAACUGGAGUUGGCAAUUUAAGGGCAUCGACGAUGAAGUUGAAACACUUCAGCCUGGCUACACAUCCACCUCAACACAUAUGCGUCCGAGCAGCGAUGAUAUGUUGCCUCACGAAUCGCUGCAUCGUUCCUUACAUCGCUCAUCACAUUUAGAUUCGAAGAACUCUUCGCCGUUAUCGUGCUCUUCAGUCGACGGAGGUGGCGCUGGAACCAGCGGUAAUAUGGGCACUUUGGGUAAAAAGCAUAGCGGCUAUUCGAAGGUGCAUGUUAACGUGCUCGGAAAGAUUAAGGAUCGCACAGGCAUACCGGUUUAGGAUAUGUGGUUUGAGGAAUGGCAUUUCGACAUUUCUGUCACAACGAAUAAAGUGAAUAGGUAGUAGUUGUGCCGCAUUCAUGCACAUAGCUGUGGGUUGUAAAUCUUUCGUCAAUUUGUAAGUAAAUUUAAAGCUUCCUUAAUUAUUUUUUUUAACAAUGACUGAACAGCCCAGUUUUUUUCUUGUUACAUCCACCGUAUAUAUCAAAGAUUUGUUGAUCGUUAAUAUAAAAUUUGUUUGUUAUUAUUAAUCGCAAUGCGCUCAUUGAUUUUGUUAAAUGUUUUAAUUUCUAAAAUGCGAAAAGUUUUUGACAAAAUUUAAAAGUUGUAAUAAACUAUUGUAUGUACUCCUUUAAAUUCCCUAUAAUUCUUUCCUUACUAUUUUCAAUAAUAAAUACAUUAUUAAUUAUAAGAGUUAAUAUACAAUAAGCUAUAAAUAAGAAUAUCUCUAAGAGGCAGAGUUUACUUUAAAAUCCUUUUCCGUUCAGUAUAUUUUCAGUGUUAACAGGAACAUAAUUUACGCAUUAGUAUCAAAUUAAUUUCUACCAUAUAUAAUUAAACACAUACAUACAUAUAGUACACGUUUUAUUUUUUCGAAAACUUUCAUGCCUUAUUUGGAAAAUAGCAAAACACAUUCGUGGACACACAAUUAAGGCGCUUGGAGUAAAACUGUUUUUUUUUAAACGAAUGAGGGAACAAACUAAUUGAUUGAAAUUAUCAAAGAAUCGAAUUUCCUAAUCGUAUAUUUGUUUGAAUUCACAUAAAAUUUGAUUGUCUUGAGCAUGUUAAUGCUUUAUACAGUUGUCAGUCAAGUUCGUAAUUUCAUGGUGUAAAUUUUCAACUAAGUUUAACUUCUUAUUAAUUUCAAAUACAAGUUCAGUAUGAUUAUCUAUUGUGGGAAUUGAGAAAUUAUCCCAUGCCCGGAAGUUAGUAAUAUUUUUUGGAAUGUCAGGUACAAAAUAUAAGGUAUGUUUUUAUUGCCACAAAGACGUUUUAAUACAUAUAAAUUGUGCUGCAUAGAGAGUAGCAACUUUAUGUGCGUCUAUGCAUCAGUGGGUUAGGUAUAUUGUGGCGUCUUAUGGGGAGGCCAAGUGGAAUUUCCUUA